AUGAACAACCAAAUCCUAAUCAUUGGUCUUGACCAGGAGAAAAACAGUCUACCUGAAAUUACUCCAGACAACUCCCUGUUCAGAGAUGGGCUGUGUAUUGUGCAAUUGAAAACUUCCCAACAAGCUGGACUUCUUCUUAGGAAGCUUGAGAAUUUCUCCCAUGUUAAAGCCUAUUCCUUGAAAGAUUUCUACGAUACAAUGAGUUCAGAGGACAAGGAGUAUGUUCCAUUGAAAAAAUUAGAGCCCAGGGAAUUUGUCGACUUCCAGUUUUCUGGACGUGAGCAGUUUGUAAUACUCAACAACGGUAUUCUUUCCUUAUUUGAGCAGAAGAACAAAGAGUUUGAAGAGAUAAGUGGAUUCAACGAUGUUAGAAAGUGCAUGGUCAGCAACGAUGGAGUAUUUGUAUGCUUCCUUGUAGAUAGCACAAUCGAAAUCAGAGUUGGAAGGCGUCUUGAGGUAUUCAGCAAGAUUAAACUCAAUGACGAGGUUGUAGACGUGUCAUUCAGCCCCGAUAACAAAUUCAUUGUAGUUUUCACAAGGAAAGAAACCAGUGUAUGGAGCACAUUCAAGAACGAAUGUCUUGUUAGGCAGCAAGGAGGUAAGGGGGAGAUUGCAUUUGAUGAAGAUUGUGUCUACUUCCUGGAUAAAGGCAAGGCCUUUUCUCUUUCAUUGGGUAAGGAAGUCGCACUCGAUCAAAAACUCUCCAACGUGAAAUUUAUCAAGUACCACAAUGAUCAGAAAGUGGAGUUCAGUAGUGAUAGGGUGCAGAGAAUCAGAUACACCAAGGGAGAGCAUAAACUCUCUAAGUCACAUGCAAAUAUCGAAGAGAUCAAGUUCCACUUUUCGGAAAACAGGUGCUUUGCGCUCAUAACAAAGAACAUACAAAAGAAAAAUGUCCAGUUUGUGGAAUCUUAUGGAAUGGAUGGAAUAACCCUUACGCAACUUGAGGGAUGUGUAGAGCAGAUGGAAGUGUCCGAUAAGAUGUUUGCCAUUGUAGAUUCAAAGCAAACACUUCUAUUAUAUAGUAGAGACAAGUUUGGAUUUAACAUGAUAAAGCAGAUCAAAAAGGAGGACGAUCUUUUCAUUGCACUUUAUGAUGAAAUAUGCUGUGUCCAUGAUUCCGAUACAGGGAAUAUAGAAUUCUAUGAUAACGGCGAGCUAAGAAGUGCCUAUUCUCACCCAUCAUGCACAUCCAUUUUAUGGUCACACAGUGGACUUUAUGCAGCUUCUGCUUCUGCUGGAGAUUGUUCAAGCGGGUUAGUUCAGAUGUUCAAUAGAAAUGGAAAGCUCCUCUGGAAAAAGGUGUUUAAUAGGCUUUCUUUGCUUAUGUGGAGGCCUUUCAUACGUAUUCCUGAAGAAGAUAAGGCAAAAGCUAUAGAGCAGUUCGAAGGUACCGUCACAGAUGAAGUAAGCUCGUCGGAGGAACAUACCGUGGAUGUUGAUGAACUCCUCUCUAAGUGGAAAAGUUAUCUCAUUUCCAGAAAACAAAGAGUUUUGUCAUUGAAAUAA